AUGAUCACUAUAAGUGAUGAGAGGAGUGUGGAGGAAGUGCACACACAAACAAAACAUCUCCAAGACAUUCCAAGGGAAAGUCAUGAAGAAAGAAACCAUGCACCCCAUCCCACACACAGGGAGGAGCUAAAGAAAGGGGAGACCCUAAACCCAUAUGCACCCUUUCCCCAAAGGCUCAAAGGUGGUGUAGCAAAGAGAAUGUAUUCAAAGUUCCUCCACAUGUUUGCAUCUCUUGAUGUAAAUAUACCAUUCAUUAAGGCCCUCCAGAAAAUGCCCUCCUACAUCAAGUACAUAAAGGAGCUACUAGCCAAAAAGAUUUCAUUGAAGGGUGGGCAGACAAUAAAGAUGAACAGGAAGUGCAGUGCUCUCAUUCAAACAGAGCCACCUACAGAGAAGAAGGAUCCAGGGAGUUUUCACAUUCCCUAUGCUAUAGGAGAGACAAUGAUUGAUAAAGGGCUCUAUGACCUGGGAGCAAAUAUCAACUUAAUGCCUCUGCCCUUCAUGAAAAAGCUUCAAAUCAAUGAGUUAACACCCACGGAUGUAAUCAUCAAAUUGGCUAACAAAACACAAAAAAAGGCAAUAGGAGUGGUUGAAAAUGUAUUAGUAAAGGUUGGGAAUUACUUCCUGCCUACAGACUUUGUUAUCCUGGAGAUGGAAGAGAAUCACAUCCAUCCCAUCAUCUUGGGAAGACCAUUCUUAGCCACAGCCAGGGCACUUAUAGAUGUGGAGCGAGGAGAACUAAUCUUGAGAAUACAUGAUGAACACCUCACCUUCAAUGUCUUCAAACCCUCACAAGAAGCAGAUCAUGAUAACAAAGAGUCAAGGGAAGACCACAAUAAGGAGUUGAUGAAAGAGACAAGCAUGGAAACACAAGCAUCACACCUGAGAACCCUGAUGAUUGACAAGCAAGGUGGUCAGAAGGAGCAACAGCCAAGUGUAACCCAAGAGGAGCUAGACCCACCAGAGUCAUAUGAGGCAAGCAACAGGACCCUCCUAAAAGAAGAAACCACAAGGAGCAAAGUAACAUCAAGGGAAACAAAGAAGAAGGCCCCAAGGGGAUGGAGGAACAAGAAGAUUCCUACAGAGGGUUUCUCUCUAGGAGAUGAAGUGGUCUCUGCCUAUAUUCCACCUAUCCCACCUCAUCUCCCCACCAUCCCAUCGCAGCUACCGCAAAUGUACACCAUCAGCAAAAUUCUGUCCUUAGAACAUAUGGAGCUUCUUAACAAAGCCAAUGGAAACAGAUUCACUGCAAGAGGGGAAGAUUUGAAACAAUACCAACCACCAUGA